UGCACCAGUUAGUGUGGUGCCGACCAGCGGCGCGGGAGGUCGCCGAUGUGAUCACUCUGGCACUCCCUCACACACGCGCGAACAUACACACACUUACUCGUCAGACUCACACAAUGAUACACACACUAAAGGGAUCAAGUGUGUGUAAGUGUGAGCACCUUGUUAAUAACAGCUACUAACGCCAGAAGAAUUACUAAAUAAGUAUUAAAGAUGUACAUUAAGAAACACUCACAUCAUGGAUAACAUGUUGAAUGUUGUGGAGACCCUGCUAACACGGCGACCAUCACAUGUGAACAACAGAGCGAGGGAGUGAACCUGAGACGACCUGUGCACCUGUCAGAAUUGCAGGAUGCGGUGGCGACGGGCGCUGAAGAGGGUGCUGGUAGCGCUUAUGUUCCUGUGCAUGACCAUCAAGAUCCAGCUAGAGUUGAAGAUGCUGGACUCUACUAAAAAUGACGUAGUGUUCGCCCCUUGGUGGAGCAACGAAACUGCGGGCCAUCUGCGAGCCUUUCCCAAGGUUAGCCAGUAUCUCCGUUCCCCCGCACCCACACAUCUUAGUAGUGAACAUUUUGAAACUAAAGAGAAUCUAAAUAAAUUUUCAUUACAAUAUACCAGUUCAGCAUCAUAUAAUGUAAAUAAUAGAACGAAUACCAGCGCGUCAGAGCUUAGAAGUGAUAAUAAACCUGAAAUUUUACGGAAAGAUAAAGAUUCUGUAUUUCAUAGCAAUGUAACUAAGAAACAUGUUGAUAAUGUAAAAUCAAAGCACAUUUCAGUGGUGGUGAAGGAAAAAGUGCAAAAAACCACCACAAAAAAUGUGACUCAGGGUGUAAACACACCAGUGAAGCGUCAACACACUUCACAAAAACCUGCCACGAUAAAGUUAACCAAAAAAGACGUAUUUGCUAAGCUUGAUAUCUGGGACAAUAAGAAAAAGGUUAAAAUCGAUAAAGUAAACACAGACUUCACAGAGGUUAAAAAGAACGACGAAAAAACAAAAAUCUAUGUCAGUGCGCCUGUUGUAACCAAAGAGAACAAACCAAAACCAAAACUAGAUCUGAAAAAAAUUCUGCCACCGAAACGUAUAAGGGGUAGACCUGUGGGGAGUCCCAACCUUAACAAGGCGGCCGCACCAAGAAGAGGAGUUUCACACGAGGUGGACUCUACCGAGGUGUCUCUCAGCAAGGAGGCUAUUAUCAAGAUCAAGGUUCAACUCAAAAUGGACAAUAACGAACAGAAAGUACACAACCAGGAUCGCUACGGCCCCGUUCACAGAAAUACCAGUAUAUUGUUGGUGCAGGUACACAACCGCCUGGGGAACCUCCGCUACCUGGUGGAGAGCAUGAAGGCGGUUCGAGGCAUCCAGGAGGCUUUGGUGAUAUUCAGCCACGACCUGUGGGACCCCGCCAUGAACGCCUUCGUCAGGAAUAUCACAGACUUCCGUGUGAUGCAGAUCUUCUUCCCAUUCUCUAUACAACUCCACCCCUUUGCUUACCCCGGCAGAGACCCGAGGGACUGUAACUGGAAUAGUGUGAGGAAGGGCAAUGACAAGUGCCUCAACCACCGAUGGCCUGACACCUACGGCCACUACCGCGAGGCCUCCUUCACCCAGAUCAAACAUCACUGGUGGUGGAAGAUACACAGAGUGUUUGAGGGACUGGAGAUAACGAAGACCAAUUACACUGGUCAUGUAGUGUUCCUGGAAGAUGAUCACUAUGUAUUACCCGACCUACUGCAUGUCCUAGGGCUUAUGAAACACAUCCGUCACUCUUCCUGCGACAACUGCCAAGUCCUCUCUCUAGGCAACUACAACAAAAUGUCUGCCGCCGUUUACAAAAAUUUCGUGGAGAAAGGUGAUUGGUGGGUCACGAAAUACAACCUGGGCUUCGCGUUGGACUCAGUCGCCUGGAACGUCUUAACCAGGUGUAAGACCUUCUUCUGCGACUUCGACGACUACAACUGGGAUUGGACACUGAACAACUUGGUGCAGACUUGCCUCAAGCCCCGGAUGUCCAUGUUGUCUGUCAGGCUCACCAGGGUCUUACACGUUGGUAGCUGUGGGACGCACGUCAAAAAGCGGUUGUGCGACGUGCGUAAGGAGGUGCAGCAAGCCGCCAACCGUAUAAAGGCGUCAAAGCAGUAUCUCUUUCCGGAUACCCUCAAGCUGCAGAGUGUUUACCGGAGCUCAGGUAAACCUAAGAAUGGGAACGGCGGCUGGGGGGAUGUCCGGGACCGUCACCUGUGUCGUGCCAUAGCUAACGGCACCAUCUCUGACCACACCAUCGCCAGGCUACAGGUCCACUAGAACCUCUAACACCACACCAUCGCCAGGCUACAGGUCCACGAGAACCUCUAACACCACACCAUCGCCAGGCUACAGGUCCACGAGAACCUCUAACACCACACCAUCGCCAGGCUACAACUUCCCGAGAACCUCUUAACACCACCACACCAUCGCCAGGCUUCAGUUUACCAAGUAGAAGUCGUGAAAAAGCCGUUGUUGCAGUGUAAUGUUUUAUAUAGAUGAACUAAUAAAGCCUUUGAAAUUAAAUCCGGGUGUUGAUGGAUAUAAACACUACCACUACUUACUGCUACUAAAUAGUUAAGGAAAAUUAUCUCCAAGGCUGUAUAAAAGACGCCAAAAUUCCCCUUAAAGCAGACUGACAACUUUAGAGUAAAUUAUUGGAUGUGGCAGACUUAACGCAUCAUGGUGCACACGUUACACUAAUUGUAAGGCAAGAAGUUAACACGUAAAUUAAUACAGUAUUCACGGAUGAAAAACGCACUGUGCUUCAAUACUCAAAAUCACUAAUAUAUCAGUUGUGUUCCUCUGUCGUGAUGCACUGUGAGGCGGUCAACGUGCAGCUAGAAAACAACAUAUAUGCUAAAAAAAAGUAAGACCUGGUGAACGGUAUUUAAAGACCCUGGCCAAUGAAACAACAAUAUACGGUAUCAUGUCGUGUUGUAUGGGAUGGUGUGCAUCUUAUGUGAUUUGGGAUGAAAAGAAAAAAAAUAGUGAUUUUAUAAAGUAAAAAGACAAAGCAUACGAGCAGAGGUUGUGGAGAGACAUCUUGGGCUUGUCCACCGUGAUCAGGGAAUACUUUAACAAACAACAACAAAGAACUACAUCAUCCACAUGUCCCAGUAGAGUGAAAUUAUAAUAUCACAAGGCUCUUAAUAGGGACAGUUUAGUCUUGUUAACAAUUAUAUUGGUACAUUUUCAUGUGUGUGUGUGUGUGUGUGUGUGUGUGUGUGAGUAAUAUGGACAGUGGAACACACCUUGACCAAGAUACUACAGGUUAAAUGGUCCUCAGUCCUGCCAGGUCCAAUCCCACCCUAACUAACCAUAACCUCGUUAGAGUUGAGGCCCAUUAACACUAGGGACCACUUGACUAGCUAUUGUACAAAUUAGUGAGAAGUUUUCGUUAAAGGGGCUUCAACUAUUAAGAUGGGAGCUCAUUAGUGUUAGGACUCGUUAGAACUGGGGCUAAUUAGGACUGGGGGCCCAUUUGAUCGGUCGGCGUACAAAAAUAGUGAGAAUGUUGUGGUGUGAAGAUGUGUACUGUACAGUGCAGAAGAAGGCUGACUAUAGUGCCUUAAGAAAGUGAUAGAGAUUUGUGCCAACCUUAUAGUGCCAUUGUGAUGAUAGAUUCUUAAGAGAGACUUACUACAAGAUUAUACAGUAGAUGAUAUAUUUUAACUAUCAGUAAGAGUAAUACUGUAGUCGUAGAGGAUAACUAAAUAACUGUGUAGGGUAUUACAAAAGGUCAAAAAUAUACGAUGUCUGAUCUUCAUUCUCUCAAAACUCAACUUGUUUCUUUGUUCACAGUUUGGAGAUAAAGCAAAACAGAUACACAUCAAAAGGCAAUUAAAUCAAAUAAUGUUUAUAUUAUCAAUCAAUAGGGUGCUGGCUCAAAACAUUUUACAAGUGUUUACUAUUCAUGCCAGAUAUUAACGAUAAACAUUUUUAGUCACUUUUACUGUGCGUUAUAUAAACACUAAAUUGACAGUGAAAUAAGUUCUAACGUAAUUUUAACGUUUGCAUGUGUGUAAACAUAGGUAAACCUCUUUAGCAUUGUGGAUAUACACGCGUGUGUUUGACUGUAUCGGUGCUUUGUUUAUAACCCUAAGUAUUGCGAACACUAUGACUUGGGCACGUCAAUAUAUGUAAACAUAAUCUACAUAUAUCUCUGUCCAUAAAUGUGUGAGUACAUCUGUAACGGUUACAGUUGCACAUAUAAUAUAUUAAUACCCAUGCUUAUUCAUAUUAUGCUCCGUCGUCCAUAGAGCAUGUGUGAAACUAGUGAGUUAUCCCGGGACUUGUUUUCUCGAGUGAGAGCUACCGUCCAUUUUCUAUAUUACCUGAAGUGCCCUCCAAAUAUGUAAAUUUAAAUUUAAUUUGUAACAUGUACCAUUCAAUAUCAAUUACAUGUAUGUACUAAGAA